AUGGACCGAAAGCGAAGGGCGGAGCACAGGAGGGAGGAGAGGCAGGAGGGGAGGGAAGAGGGGAGGAAAGAGGGGAGGAAAGAUGAGAGGAAGGAGGAGAGGGAGGAGAGAGGUGGGGGGGAAUAUUCGAGUGAUGAGGGUCAACGGAAGAGAAAGGAGGAGAGGAGGAAGGAGAGGGGUGGCAUGGAGAAAGAGUUUUCAGACAAUUCUCCUGCCAAGGCUGCAGCAUCGUCUGCUUCUGAUGACGACGAUUCACGUGGCACUGCGGAGAAAGACGAGCGGAAGAUGAUUCCACAUCGAAGCCCCAAGCGACCCAGGACGGACAGCAAGGCGAACGGCGCACAGAAACGUGAAGGGAAGAGCUUAGAGAACCGCGAGGGGAGCAGCCCUGCCAAGGGCAAACCGGUCGCUUCAACUAAGUCCAAGGACCCUCCUGCGAGUGCAUUCCCCCCUGCAACUGCAUCGCCCCCUGCGCCUGCUGGAGAUGCUUUGCCCCCUGAGCUAGCGGCGCUGGUGAAAGCUCGUCUCGCUGCUGCCAAGGCGGGCGCGCUCUGCACCUCCGCCGCCUCCUCUCCCGCCUCCCUCCCCCCCACCGCUUCCACUCCUUCUGCUGGUUCUGCUGCUGCACUGCUCCCCCCUCCUGCUGCCUCUGUCAGUGCUGGCGGUGGUGGGUUCAACAAGGCUAUGCAGGCAGCAGCGGCUGUAGCGGCGGCUGCUGCUGCCGCUGCUCGCAUUGGUGCCAGCAUCCAAGCUUCUGCUGCCAGUGGUGUGUCUGCCAGUGGCGCUGCUGGUGGCGGUGCUACAGCUAGCUUUUCAACGGUUACAUCCGGUGCUUCUGGUGUUACGUCUGGCGUGUCCGGUGUUACAUCUGGCUUCUCUGGUGUUGCGGCUACAGCUGGUGGCGGGAUAAUGAGCAAAGGCAUUGGAGGAGCCGCAGGGAGCAACGUUGCUGGAGGGGCGGCUGCAGCGGCGCUCGGAAAGACUGGGAUGACGGCAGAGGAGAAGAGGAAGCUGCUGUGGGGCUCAAAGAAGGACUCUGCACCAGCUGCUAUGGCUCCUGCUGCUGCUGUUGCCGCACCGCCUGCUGCUGCUGAUUCUGCAGGGCCAACUGGUGAAGGAGCGACCGGCAUGACUGGUGCAGCUGGCGCAGUUGGUGUGGGUGCGACUGGUGUGGGAGGGGUUGGUGGCAGCAGCAGCAAGGGGUGGGAGAACGUGCAUUUUGGGGAUCGGAGCCGAGAAGAGAAGUUUCAAAAGCUCAUGGUGCAAGAUACACGUGGGCCCAUUUCUGUCCCCCCUCCUCCCCUCUCCAGUUUUGAGACGUCUCAAAACUACACGUGGGUCCAUUUCUUUCCCCCCUCCUCCCCUCUCCUCCAUGGGUUGCUGGUCCUGCCAUGCAGGGAUUAA